CGUGUGUGUGAGGGCUAGCGAGUGCGCUGGGUCGGCCCGAUGGGGGUAAUCGAGGGUUUCGGGGACGCCGAGCAGCGCUUUCCUCUUCCCAGUGAGUGAGGGAGGGAAGUCGGUGGCUGUCGUGCCCGGCCACUUUCCCUGCGUGAUUCCCGGAGCUCUCUGCAGGCGGUGAAGGUCCCCGGCGGGUCCGGAUGGCGUAGUUGCAGCGCGGCGCAGCAGCUGCAGGAGCUCGCGGCCGCCGAGUGCUGGGCGGGGAAACUUUCCUCUGCUUUCCUACCAACUUGCGGCGGGUGGAUCUCCGCUUGACACACAGCCUCCGAGACAACUGGAAAAUUGGAAAGAGGGAUUUUAAGGCCAUAUCUGAUUUGCAAAGAUUGUCUACGAUCUGAAGAACUACAGGCUGAGGUGAUUGGGACACACUUUUGAAGAAAUAAAAAUGACUUCUCGUUAUGUGAUCGCCAUGCUUGCCCUAAUGAGUGUCUGUUUGGCUACUGCAGGUCCAGAGCCCAGUGCCCAGUGUGAACUGUCUCCGGUCAAUGCCUCCCAUCCGGUCCAGGCCUUGAUGGAGAGCUUCACCGUCCUGUCCGGCUGCGCUAGCAGAGGCACCACGGGGCUGCCACAGGAGGUGCAUGUCCUGAACCUGCGGACCUCCGACCAGGGGCCUGGCCAGCCGCAGAGAGAGGUCACUCUGCACCUGAAUCCCAUCUCCUCCGUCCACAUUCACCACAAGCCUGUCGUGUUCCUGCUCAACUCCCCACAGCCCCUUGUCUGGCAUCUAAAGACAGAGCGGCUUGCGAUCGGCGUCUCCAGACGUUUUUUGGUUUCUGAGGGUUCUGUGGUCCAGUUUUCAUCAAGAAACUUCUCCUUGUCAGCAAAAACAGAAGAGAGGAGCUUCCCACAUGGGAACGAACAUCUGUUAAAUUGGGCCCGAAAGGAGUACGGAGCAGUCACUUCAUUCACUGAACUCAAGAUAGCCCGAAACAUUUAUAUUAAAGUGGGGGAAGAUCAAGUGUUCCCUCCCACGUGCAACAUAGGGAAGAAUUUUCUCUCACUCAAUUACCUUGCUGAGUACCUUCAGCCCAAAGCAGCAGAAGGGUGUGUGAUGUCCAGCCAGCCCCAGGAUAAGGAAGUGCAUAUCAUUGAGUUAAUCAGCCCCAACUCGAACCCCUACAGUGCUUUCCAGGUGGAUAUAAUAAUUGACAUAAGACCUUCUCGAAAGGAUCCUGAGGUGGUCAAAAAUCUCAUCUUGAUCUUAAAAUGCAAAAAGUCUGUCAACUGGGUGAUCAAAUCGUUCGAUGUUAAGGGAAACCUGAAAGUUAUUGCUCCUAACAGUAUUGGCUUUGGGAAAGAGAGUGAAAGAUCCAUGCUAAUGACCAAAUCAGUGAGAGAUGACAUUCCUUCAACACAAGAGAAUCUGGUCAGGUGGGCUUCGGACAAUGGCUAUAUCCCAGUGACAUCAUACACAGUGGCUCCUGUGGCUAAUAGAUUUCAUCUUCGGCUCGAAAACAAUGAGGAGAUGAGAGAUGAGGAAGUCCAUACCAUCCCUCCUGAGCUACGGAUCCUACUGGACCCUGGCACCCUGGGCGACCCACCCACCCGGCCAGCGGGAGGCCGGAAUGGAGGUUUCCCCUUUUCUUUCCUGGAUAUCCCCAGGAAAGGACAGAAGGAAGGGGCAGAAGAUGGGCUCCCCCAGCCAAAGGACCCUGUCAUCCCCAGCCUACGACUGUUUCCUGGUCCCAGAGAGCCUGAGGAGGUGCAAGGAAGCAUGGAUGUUGCCUUGUCAGUCAAAUGUGACAAUGAAAAGAUGACCGUGGCUGUGGAAAAGGAUUCUUUUCAGGCCAGCAGCUACUCGGGGAUGGAGCUCACCCUGUUGGAUCCUAACUGCAAGGCCAAGAUGAAUGGCACCCACUUCAUUUUGGAGUCUCCUCUGAAUGGCUGUGGUACUCGGCACCGGCGGUCAGCCACACACGGGGUGGUUUACUACAACUCUAUUGUGAUACAGGUUCCAAUCCCUGGGGACAGUAGUGGUUGGCCAGAUGGUUAUGAAGAUUUGGAAUCAGGUGAUAAUGGAUUUCCAGGAGAUAUGGAUGAAGGAGAUACUUCCCACUUUAGCCGACCUGAAAUUUUGGUGUUUAACUGCAGCCUUCGGCAGGUGGGGAAUCCCAGUAGAUUCCAGGACCCGCCCAACAGAAACGUCACCUUCAACAUGGAGCUAUACAACACUGACCUCUUUCUGAUGCCCUCCCAGGGGGUCUUCUCCGUGCCAGAGAAUGGACACAUUUAUGUGGAGGUGUCUGUUACUAAGGCUGACCAAGAACUGGGAUUUGCCAUCCAAACGUGCUUUAUCUCUCCAUAUUCGAACCCUGAUAGGAUGUCUGAUUACACCAUCAUUGAGAACAUUUGUCCUAAAGACGAAUCUGUGAAAUUCUACAGUACCAAGAAAGUGCGCUUUCCUAUCACGCACGCUGAGAUGGAUAAGAAGAGAUUCAGUUUUGUCUUUAAGCCCGUCUUCAACACUUCCCUGCUGUUUCUGCAGUGUGAGCUCACGUUAUGUACCGAGGAGGAAAGGGACCCCCAGAAGUUACCUAAGUGCGUGCCUCCCGAUGAAGCCUGCACCUCACUGGAUGCCUCAAUGAUCUGGACCAUGAUGCAGAAUAAGAAGACGUUCACCAAGCCCCUUGCUGUGACCUAUCACGAAGUAGAAUCGAAAGGACCAGGUCCAAGCGUUAAGGAACCGAAUCCAAUUUCUCCACCAAUUUUCCAUGGUCUGGACACCAUAACUGUGAUGGGCAUUGCGUUUGCAGCAUUUGUGAUUGGAGCACUCCUCACGGGAGCCCUGUGGUACAUCUAUUCCCACACAGGGGAGACUGCAGGGAGGCAGCAAGUCCCCACCUCCCCGCCGGCCUCGGAGAACAGCAGCGCGGCCCACAGCAUCGGCAGCACGCAGAGCACGCCCUGCUCCAGCAGCAGCACGGCCUAGCCCAGCGGCCACGAGGGCGCGGCCUGACCACACGUGUGCCAGACUCCAGGAAGGCUUGAUUGUGGUUCCUUCGAAAAGAGAGAGUGAAUUUCAAUAUAAACAUCGCCUGUUGUAUUUACAUCCUUCC